AUGGAUAUUAUUGGGGAUAAAGACAAAGAAUCUGAGCCCUUUGAAGCAUUACUUGAUGUUGUGACCUUUGAGACCACACAAAGAGACGGAGAAACCAAGUUUGAGAGAGCUGAAGCAUAUGCUGACCAGAUACAAGAUAAUUUUAUCAACAAAGAAAGGAUUGGGGUGUUAAUAAUAGAAAAUGAAGAGUUGAAAAAGGUGAUCAAAUGCAUGGAAAGGAACAAAACAACUAAAAAGCAAGGGGAGAAAUAUACAGAUAAUGUUGUCAUGGAAACACAAGUCCCAGAUUUCGUGAUAAAACUGAUGGAGAAAGAUAUACAAAUUUCUGAGAUGGAGAAUCUUGUGAAAGUUAUGAAGAAGGAAAAUGAUAAUGUUAAGGCUGAAAUGACCUAA